CGCGGCGGAGACUAGCCGCAUCCGCUCCACAUUUUUUUGGCAGCAGAUCUCGACUUUGCGAACUUGCGCCCAGCUUCCACCCCAACUCUGAACUUCUUCACACGCAUACACAAUGAGGCCCCUCACAGAACCAGAGACCAAGACUCUCUUCGAGAAGCUUGCGACGUACUGUGGAAAAGGCAUAUCCAACCUCAUCGCCGACCCCACGGGCGGUAACGAUCGCAAUGUCUUCCGCGUCCAGGGCUCACGUGUCUACUAUGUCCGCGAAUCUCUCGCCAACUUUGCCACAUCUGUCGCACGCGACAACCUACUCUCCCUCGGAAUCUGCCUGGGUAAAUUCACCAAGACGGGCAAAUUCCGUCUGCACAUCACAGCGCUGAGCGUAAUCGCCCCGCACGCGCGAUACAAGGUGUGGGUUAAGCAGAACGGUGAGAUGCCGUUCUUGUACGGCGGCAACGUGCUCAAGGCGCAUGUGGGACGGUGGAGUGAGGACUGCCCUGAGCACCAAGGUGUUGUUGUGCUGAGUAUGAAUGACACGCCACUGGGUUUCGGUGUGAGUGCACGAUCGACGGCCGAGGCGAGGAAGCUGGACCCUACAGGUAUUGUCACGUUCAGGCAAGCGGAUAUUGGGGAGUACCUGAGAGAGGAAGAUACAUUGUUCACGACUUGAGCGAUGGGAGGCUUGUGCGACAACAAUCCUGCUCUUCAAAAAGAGCUUGUUCCUUCUAACGAAGAGAAUCAAAGAGCAAAGUCAGCGUGGAUCGCCUACGCAUUUGCUUCAGUAUCGCGCGCUUCCAGUGAGCAAAAAGAAGAGAGGCGUAACGGGGCUGCAUACUGUAAAGAAGACUCUAGACGAACGAACGAAUGAGAUACCCAACUACCUUCACUGUCAUGUCGCGUUUGGUGUUAGAGCUUGCAAGAUGAAGUAGU